AUCUAAAACCACCUACUCAUAAAUCUGUCAUUUUUUGGAAACUUCUCAAAAAAGUUUUCAUUCUGAAAACCUAAUUAAGUGUUUUAGUUAGGGUUAACAUGGAUCAAAAGCGGCCAACCAUCGCCGGCGAUGAAGAAAUGGCGGCUGAGGAACCGUUAAAACCAGCACUCCAAAAACCACCGGGGUUUCGUGAUCAACAGAAUCAACCAUUAGCUCCGCCAUCCGGAACAGCGACACUUCCACGUCGCCGUCCAAGGCCUAUCCAUCCGGCAUCACUCUACCCGGAGAAGAAACGGCGGUGUAGUUUCUGCCGCGUUUUCUGUUGCUGCGUGUGUAUCUUCUUGGCCGUGAUUCUCCUCAUCUUCCUCAUCGCCGUGGCGGUUUUCUUCCUUUGGUACAGCCCGAAACUACCCGUCGUCCGCCUAGCCUCAUUCAAAAUCAGCAAUUUCAACUUUUCCGACGGAAAAUCCGACGACGGAUGGUCAUUUUUGACGGCGGAUACAACAGCGGUGCUCGAUUUCAGAAACCCUAACGGAAAGCUAACGUUUUAUUACGGAGAUGCUGACGUGGCUGUGAUUCUCGGAGAGAAAGACUUUGAGACUAACCUAGGGUCAACGAAAGUCAAAGGCUUUAUUGAGAAGCCAGGAAAUCGGACGGCUGUGAUUGUCCCGACGAGGGUGAGGAAACGACAGGUGGAUGAUCCAACGGCAAAGAGGCUACAGGCAGAGCUGAAGGGUAAGAAGCUGCUGGUGACAGUGACAGCUAAAACGAAGGUAGGAUUAGCUGUGGGCAGUCGCAAGAUUGUUACUGUGGGCGCACUGUGUAAAAUGGAGCAAUUUCGAGAGAUAGGAGAGGUAUUAGGAAGCAUAAGAGCGUUAAUGGUGUUCAAGGACAACAUUCAAAUCAACCAGCGUCAAUGCUCCCUAUUACUCGACCUCUUCACUGCGGCCUACGAGUCGAUUUCCGAAUCGAUGAGAUCGAAUCUACGCUUCAAAGAGAAGAACACUAAAUGGAAGAUUCUAGAACAGCCUUUGAGGGAGCUUUUAUGGGUGGUAAGAGAAGGAGAGGCUUAUGUUAGAAUGUCUUUAGAGCCUAAACUUGGGUUUUGGGCUAAGGCUAUUGUGUUGCAUUGCAAUAGAGAUUGCACAGAGCUUCACAUACAUAACUUGCUCUCUUGUCUACCGAUCAUUGUCGAGGCUAUUGAGACAGCGGGUGAGGUUUCAGGGUGGGAUGAAGAAGAGAUGAGCAAGAAGAGGUUGGUGCAUUCUAACAAGUAUAUGAAGCAAUGGAAUGACUCUCAGAUGUUUACCUGGAAGUUCGGGAGAGAGUAUUUGGUGACCGAAGAUUUCUGCAACCGGUUCGAGAGUGCUUGGACAGAGGACCGUUGGAUUCUAAUCAAGGAGCUUCAGGAGAAAAAGCAGCCCGGUUCGAGCAAACAUGAUUGGAAGAUGGCUGAUUUCCUUUUGAAGCAUUUGGGAGAUGGAAAUGAGAGUCCCAAGCUAUUUCCGUCUUCUCUUCUGGUUAACACGAAAGAUUACCAAGUGAAAAAAAGAUUAGGGAAUGGAAGUCAGUACAAGGAGAUUACUUGGUUAGGCGAGAGCUUUGCGCUUAGGCAUUUCUUUGGGGAUAUUGAUGCUUUGCUUCCCAAGGUUACUCCAUUGCUAUCUCUUUCACACCCAAACAUUGUUUAUUACCUCUGCGGAUUCACGGAUGAGGAGAAGAAAGAAUGUUUCUUAGUCAUGGAACUGAUGAGUAAAACCCUUGGUAUGCACAUCAAAGAGGUAUGUGGUCCGAGGAAGAAGAACACUCUCUCCCUCCCGGUCGCGGUUGAUCUGAUGCUUCAGAUAGCUUUGGGUAUGGAAUAUCUUCACUCGAAGAGAAUUUACCACGGAGAGCUGAAUCCAUCUAACAUUCUUGUCAAACCAAGAAGUCACCAAUCCGGAGAUGGGUAUCUGCUUGGGAAGAUUUUUGGGUUCGGGUUGAAUUCUGUCAAGGGUUUCUCUAGUAAAAGUGCUUCUUUGACGAGUCAGAAUGAGAAUUUUCCAUUCAUAUGGUAUUCUCCGGAAGUUCUAGAGGAGCAAGAACAGAGCGGAACUGUAGGAAGCCUCAAGCAUACUGAUAAAUCUGACGUGUAUAGCUUUGGGAUGGUUUGCUUUGAGCUUCUGACUGGUAAAGUACCAUUUGAAGACAGCCACCUGCAAGGAGAUAAGAUGAGUAGAAACAUUAGGGCCGGGGAGAGACCGCUUUUUCCAUUCAACUCACCUAAAUUCAUAACAAACCUGACAAAACGAUGCUGGCAUGCUGAUCCCAAUCAGCGUCCAACUUUCUCAUCGGUAAGCAGAAUUCUCCGGUAUAUCAAGCGAUUUCUAGCUUUGAACCCCGAGUAUCACAGUAGUAGCCAACAAGACCCGUCCAUUGCUCCUCCUGUGGAUUACUGCGAGAUCGAGUCUAAGCUAUUGCAGAAGCUUUCAUGGGAAUCUACAGAGUUAACUCAAGUUUCACAGGUUCCUUUUGAAAUGUUUGCAUAUAGGGUAGUGGAACGGGCACAAACUUGUAAAAAGAAUAAUCUCCGGGAAACAUCGGAAUCAGGUAGUGAAUGGGCUUCGUGUAGCGAGGAUGAGGGUGGGGCAGGAUCAGAUGAGCAGGUGUCAUAUGAGAAGGAGAGAAGAUUGUCAUGCUCAAGUGAUGUUGGUAUGAGCAAGAAGCAAGUUUCAAAUCUUCUGAAAAGAGCUUCUAGCCUGAAACCAAUUCAAAAACCAGGAACAACUCCGAGAGGACGAUCAAGGCAUCCGCCACUAAGCCCAUGUGGGCAAAGCAUGAGAGCAAACUCUGAGAGUCAACUGAUAUUGAUAAGCCCAAGGAUACGACGAUCAAACUCUGGUCAUGCCUCUGACUCUGAGCUUUCCUAGUCUGCAGGAAAAACAAAGUUCAUAAUGAUGU